GACCCAACCGUCUAGUUUUUUCCCCACCUGUUAUUGCGCUUCUUCUUCGCCCCUUUACCACCCCGCUGCACUCAUCCAUCGCUGUACCGUCGUAUUUCCUUUGGCGACAGCAAAAAUGUACAACAACGACCACAAGGCCACCGUCAAGAACGCCGACAUGCCGGAGGACAUGCAGGCGGACGCGAUUGAGGUGACGCUGCAGGCGAUGGAGAAGUUCAACAUUGAGAAGGACAUCGCCGCCUACAUUAAGAAGGAGUUCGACAAGAAGUAUCAGCCCACGUGGCACUGCAUCGUGGGCCGCAACUUUGGCAGCUUCGUCACCCACGACACGCACUGCUUCUUGUACUUCUACCUUGGCCAGGUCGCCGUGCUGCUCUUCAAGUGCGGGUAA